AUGUAUUCUUCAAUAAAGACAGGAUUUCGAGCAAGGGUCCGUCAGAAAUUGGAAGCAUUUCGAGGAGGAAAGCCGAGAAAGCAAAGCACUCAGGCCGAAGGUCCCCACACGACUAAUGAUUCGACUUCCCCGACUCAAGGGGAAUCUGAAUAUCAUGACACUGCAAAAGUUGUGGAAGAGAAUGGGCAUGUCCCUCCUAGCGGGGCCACGCAACAAGAAAAGCCACAAGCGAACGAAAACGUUCUUGAUCAUUCUAACCAGAAGGCGGCCUCGACAGAAUGUUUGACCACCAUCCACAAUACCCUAUGGAACAAAGCCUACAAUAAGAUAUCGCAGGAUCCAAAAAAGGCAAAGUAUUUGCAAGCAUACGAAAAAUUGGUGUUGGCGGUCUUUCUCGAAACGCCCAUCUCUGAUGCAGCUGGUGAAGGUAUUAGUCCUCGCUUAGAUUUGGAAGAAGAACGAAUGCGAGCGAUAGUCGCAAGGGCCCUGAAGAGGAUUGGAGAUAAUAAAAAUGUCAUGGAGACAAUGAAUGAUGUUUCCGGUGUCUUAACGCAAGUAAAGGCAUUCCUUGACAUUCCAUUACAAAGCAUCCCACAGACCGCGCUUCCGUGGGCAGUGAUUUCUUCCACAAUUGAUAUUUUGAUCAGGCCAGUCAAAGCAGCAGCAGAUCUGUAUAAUGGAGUGGCGUACGUUGUUUCCCGAAUGAGCUGGUAUUCAAAAGCUGUAGACAAGCUGUUGAGUGACCAGAAUAUCAAGAACAAUACAUCACUGGGAGAGAUGAAUCACAGUCUCGAAGCUAGAAUUGUUGAUCUCUACGAGUCAAUGCUUUUCUACCAAAUCAAGAGCGUCUGCUUCUAUUACAAAAGUCAACUUCUCGUUCUGCUCCGGAGCUUUCUCGAUUUGGAUGAUUGGAGCGGGAACCUGAAUGCUGUCAAAGAUGCAGAAAAGGUGCUUCAAAGCGACUUCACCCUCUAUAACCAAGAACAUAUUAAGGACCAGAUCAGACAGAUAACUAUAGCCAGUGAGCACCAAAAAGACUUAGACGAAUACCGCAACUGUCUGCAGUCCCUCCGCUGGAUUGACCCUCGAGCUGAGAUUGGAGAUAUACAAGCCCGAAAUGAGAGCAUCAUAGAAGAGCUGUAUACAUGGAUUUUUCUCACGAAUGAAUACAGACAGUUCAGCAAGUGGGAUCAUAUCACACCUGCACGUUUGUGGGUUAGUGGUCAGGCAGGAACUGGAAAGACGAUGCUCUUGAUCGGCAUCAUAAAAGAUCUGAUUUCUCGUGGACUUGUUGAUACAGAACGUCCGUUGAUUCUAUAUUUUUUCUGUCAAGCCACGAAUGACCAAGCCAACAACGGCGUUGCGGUUCUACGCAGUCUAAUAUGGCUGUUGCUUCUGGAACAACCACUCCUGAUUUCACACAUUCAGAAGGAAUACUUUCAUUCGGCAAGCAGGCUGCUUACGGAUAAAAAUGCGUUCACAACUCUACGUGACAUCCUCAGAAAGAUGCUGGGGGAUAAAUGCUUGAAAGAUGCUGGGGGAUAA